AUGGCGAAGCUGUUGAGCUGUGUGCUGGGGCCGCGGCUCUAUCGGGUCUAUCGGGACCGGGGGCCGGCCAGGCCCUCCCGAGACGGGGAUGAGGCAGCCGAGGGGGGGGCAGCUCCCCAUUGUCCAUCAUGGAAUUCGUACUACCAGCCGCGGACGCUGGAGAAACAUGCUGACAGCAUCCUGGCCUUGGCGUCGGUGCUCUGGUCUAUUUCCUAUUACACUUCCCCCCUGGCUAUGUUCUACUUGUACCGAAAAGGAUACCUGACCAUGUCGAAGGUGGUUCCUUUCUCGCACUACGCUGGGACCAUGCUGCUCCUUUUGGCCGGGGUCGCCUGCCUGAGAGGCAUCGGGCGCUGGACCAACCCCCAGUACAUCCAGUUCAUCACCAUCCUGGAAGAUAGCCACCGCCUCGGCACCCCAGAAAUCAAGAAGAAACUCGCCAGCUACAACUUCGACUUCAGGAGCUGGCCCGUGGACUUCCGCUGGGACGAGGUCACUAGCCGGUCGGACUCCCGAGGUGUCUCGCUGAUGCGGCCGGAGCCCAAACACCGGAGCGCGGCCAACGGCUUCCUCCAUGCCAUCAAGAAGCUGCCCUGCCAGAUCGCCAGCUACAUCGUGGCGCACACAUUCGGGCGCAGGAUGCUGUAUCCCGGCUCCGUCUACCUGCUGCAGAAAGCCGUCAUGCCCAUGCUGCUGCAGGGCCAGGCCCGCCUGGUGGAGGAGUACAAUGGGAAACGAGCCAAGCUGUUAGCCUGUGACGGCAACGAGAUUGACACGAUGUUCGUGGACCGUCGGGAAAGCUCCGAGCCCCACGGCAAGAAAUUGGUGAUCUGCUGCGAAGGCAACGCUGGAUUCUAUGAGGUUGGCUGCCUGCCCACCCCCCUGGAUGCCGGCUACUCGGUGCUCGGAUGGAACCACCCCGGCUUCGCUGGCAGCACGGGCGUCCCCCUGCCGCAGAACGAGGCCAACGCCAUGGACGUGGUGAUGCAAUACGCCAUCCACCGCCUGGGCUUCCUGCCCGAGGACAUUGUGCUGUACGCCUGGUCCAUCGGGGGCUUCACAGCCACGUGGGCGGCAAUGUCGUACCCGGACAUCAGCGCCCUGGUGCUGGAUGCCUCCUUCGACGACCUGGUCCCCCUGGCGCUCAAGGUCAUGCCAGAGAGCUGCAGAGGGCUGGUCACCAGGACGGUGAGGCAAUACCUGAACUUGAACAACGGCGAGCAGCUUUGCAGAUACCAGGGGCCAGUGUUGCUGGUCAGAAGAACGAAGGAUGAAAUUAUCACCACCACGGUCCCAGAAGAUAUCAUGUCAAACAGGGGGAAUGACCUGCUGCUGAAACUCCUCCAGCACCGGUACCCCAAGGUGAUGGCCGAGGAGGGGGCGCGAGUCGUUCGGGAAUGGCUAGAAGCUUCCAGCGCCGUGGAGGAAGCCUCGGUGUACAGCUCCUACGAGGUGGACGAGGACUGGUGCCUGUCCGUGCUGAGCUCCUACCAGGCCGAGCGCGGCGGCCACUUCCCCUGGAGCGUAGGGGAGGACAUGACGCCCGAGGGGCGACGGCAGCUGGCCCUGUUCCUGGCCCGGAAGCACCUGCGGAACUUCGAGGCAACACACUGCACCCCACUGCCCCCCCCAGCCUUCCGUUUGCCCUGGCACUUGUAG